CUUCCUCCUCCUCCACAUCUUCCUUCCUUCCUUCCUUCGUGCGGUUCCGGCCGCCGCUCGUUCCUGUAAGAAUUUCCCUCCUCUUCCUUUUCCCUUCUGGGUUUCUCGCGGCGCGACCCCCCCGAUUUGCCUGCCAUGGAAGGCGAGUUCCAGGAUUGGGAAUUGCUCCACAGCUCCUCCUCCUCCGCCUCCUCCGACGACACCGACUCGGUCGUCCGAGGGGUCAACCCUAAGAGCCUCGACGACAUCGAGGCCGAAUCCGGGGGCAUGAUCCGGCCUGAUUACUUCUCGAUCGACGGCUCCGGCCCGUACCCCAGGUCCGCCGCCGCCGCCGCCGCCGCCGCCAGCGAGGAGGGCGACUCCGUCCACUCCGACAACCCGAGCUGGAUCGAUCCCGCCGGGCCCGAGGCUCGGUACCCGCGGAAGGACUCCGGCGAGUUCUGGUCCGACUCCGGCAGCGACCUCUCCGACGAGCGCAAGCUCGUGGAUUUGGAUCCGAAGGUGGGCGAGCUCGUUGCGGCCGCGGCGUUGGCGGGGAGCGCGAAGGUGGCCGCGGAGGCGGAGGCGGCCGGGGGAUUGGUGGGGAAGAGCGAGAAGUCGGGUUUCGGGUUGGGGGAGUUCGAUUUGGGGGAUUUGGGCGUGGAGGGCGAGUAUGGUUUCUCCGGAAGCGGCAAGAAGGAGGUCGAUGUUGGUGAAAUUCAAGGUCCCGGCGAGGAUUCUCCUAAGUUCUGGUCUGCUUCGGGUGGGGAGAGAUUGGGUGCGAUGAAACUUGGAGAGGACAUGAGCGGGGAAGAGGUGUUGGGGGUUCGAAAUGAUCAGGCGGCGGAGGCAGAGGGUGGGGACGGAGCAGUCGAGGACGAAAGCCUCGCGAUCAAAGCGGCGAAGCCGGAGGGUGAUGAAGAUAAAAGAGGAACGGUGUGGUGGAAGGUGCCUUUUGAGCUGUUGAGGUACUGUGUUUUUAGGGUCAGUCCCUUUUGGUCGCUCUCUGUAGCUGCUGCUUUUUUGGGAUUUGUCAUCCUGGGAAGGAGGCUGUACAAGACGAAGCAGAAGACCCGCACUUUGCAGCUGAAGAUUACCGUGGAUGACAAGAAGGUGUCCCAGUUCAUGAGUCGUGCAGCACGUCUCAAUGAAGCUUUUUCAGUGGUGAAACGCGUCCCGAUUGUGCGGCCUGCACUUCCUGCGGCUGGUGUUGCUGCAUGGCCUGUCAUGAGUUUGAGAUAAACGUCUUUGAGACGGUCACAAGGAGCAGCAGUAUGUUCACUGGGAAACUCUUCAGAGUAAAUUGUCGUGUUUUUAUUGGUAUGUGUUGUAUCGAUGAAAGUGGUACAACUGUUUGUGUAUAAUCUCUCAAAUAUGUCUGUCUGGGCUUGUUUAAAAAGAUAUUGGACCUUGUGGGAUUUGGCAUUAAAUCUUCUAUCUUUUGCUGUGCUUUUUCUGGGGGUAUGUACUCAUGUAAUUAUGUUUCUGGUGCAUAUGAAUGAAAAAUCUGAUGAAACCAUUUUAA